GGAAGGGAUUUCUUGUAGUUGGUUUGCAUGGAUUCUUAAAAUCAGUUUAACCUACUUCUUCAAACUUCCAGCUGUACAAACAGUGAUUGUAAUUUAAUGUAUAAACACCUUAUUCCAUAAUAAUAAUAAAAAAAUCAGUAAACUUUCUUUCUAAUUGUUCUGCAGUUUCAAUUUCUCCUGUUGUUCAAAGCAGCCAAUUCAGCAAAUCUAACGGUGACAGGAAUCUGGAUUUCAUCAAAUUAAUGUUGAUGUGUUUAAAAUGUUCAUAUAAACAGGAAGACUAUAGGAAAACAUAACACUGGAAGAACACAGAUUGACAUAAACCUAUGGCUGUUGAGUCUUUUGAGUUUUGAAUCUCUGUCACAAACUGAGAUGAGCUCAAUCAUAACUAGUCAACAUUUACAGAAUAAAAAACACACAAUCAGCAAUAAAACCUUCAUUCAAAAUGGGAUGUUUCAUUUUGUCCUAAAAUCUCAUAAAGGUAUUUGGGUGUGAGCGAUCUUCAAAAUGACCUAUUUGGUGACGAUAUUAUAAUGUACUCAAUGAACCCAACAAAUUCUUUCACUCAGUUGAAUGGAAACUUGGUCUUUCUGCAAACUCCAUACAGAAAGACCCCAGUCUGGGAUUUGAACCCAGAAACUUCUUGCAAGGCAGUGGUGCUACCAUCUGCCUCACUAUGCAGCCAACAACAAAAUAAAAUGAAAAAAAUAAAAAUAAAAAAUUCAUUUGGCAGCCAGAGUGAUGAGAUGAACUAUCAUCACUCUGGGGUGACUCUGACGGUUCUUCUGUUCAUAUUAGUUUAUAUUAAAUCAUUUUAUUCUGUUUUCAUUACAAAUACACACAGAAACAACCAAAUAAGGUCAACCUGUAGAGUCUAUUAGCAGAUUGUUUAUCAGCUUUCGUUUCCUUCCUUAUUUGCUUCUGGGCAAUCAGAUUAUGAUCGUCCUCCAUAAUGUAAACUUCAUGUUGCAUAACCAAAGCCAGUAAGUCUGAUCACAGCCUGAGUGGUUGAAUCAACAUCCAGAUGAUCAGGAUGGGUCCCGUCUUCUUCAUUCACCUGCUACUGAUGGCUCCGCUGCUUCAACACACUGAAGAAAACGAGGAACUGGGGAGACAGAAGCCACCUAAACGUGAUGAAGCGGUGCAUCAUCAAGAGUUUUGCUUGAGUAUUCCUGAAGCUCCACACUCAACCAGUUUGGUUUUUGAAACCCCACAGCCUACAAAGUCGGCAUCCAAACCCAAAUUAAUGAAACAAAAACCCAAGAGUCCAAAACAACCUGAUGUUCAUAGAUCCCCGGAAGAAAACUAUCCAUCUGCUGGUGUUCCUGAAAUAGUACCAAUGAGAUCCCCGAUGUCUGGGGAAAGAAACGAUCCAUCUGCUGGUGUUCCUGAAAUAGAACCAAUGAUCGCUCCCAUUAGUCUCCACAGCCCAGAUGUCAAAGUCUCAGACGGAUGCUACUGCAAAGACCAAAACAAGAAGCUGUCCACUGAGAUCUAUCGAGUCAGCAGCCUGAUCAUACACUAUCCCAGUGAAACCUGCAGAUCAACUGAAUACAUUGAAAUCUUAAAAGAUGGAAGGAAAGUUUGUGUGAUGCAGUUCAGCCUCGUGACUCAUUUUCUUCGGUUUCUGUCCAAACCAGUACCGGAGCAAAGGUCAACAGAAUCACCUGAGAUCUCAUCUACUACACAUCAGACCACAACUGCAGAGACAUCCACCUCGACACACCUGACAAUCAGAACCGAUGGGCCACCACUUCUUUCCGACUCAUAUAUGCAUUAUGGACCAGAUGGUCCAAAAGGAGUUGGAGUUAUUGUCAAAAUACCCAAACCACAACCAAAUUUUCUUAUGGAUUCAAGUGGACCCAGGUUUGAAGGCCCCACAGAAACUUGUGUUACCUGCAUACAUUUUGUAAUGUGGAACAACUUUGACCUGAAGGACGUUCAGUUGGUGGAUGUGAACUUCCUAUCAUCCAACUGUCCUGCCCUCAUCUUACUAAGUGUCAGCCUGACUGAUGGACGCCAUAUUUGUAUGGAUUCUCUCCACCCUGAGUUCCAGCAGUUUCUAGAGAAGUUGGAAAUUAAAGAACCUUAAAUCUGA